AUGGAGUUAUUGGACAUCCCGCUUAUUGCGCUGAGUAAUGGACAGACUAGGAGAGCCAGGAGCGCGAGGGCUGUCAUGAAAGCCCCUGGAUUGCUCUUGCUGAAUGAGCCGUUGAGUGAGUGCUCGUCUUUCUCGUCCAUUUCUCGCAACUUUCCCAAUCCCCCAACCUUCUUUCGUUCUCUCCUCGAGAUUGCCGCGUUUUCACCCUUGCAAAUCCUCGCUUCCCGCACCCCGCCUCCUCCCUUACUUCGCUCCCUUCGUCCCUCCUUCACUCUAUCUCUUGCCUCCUUCCCUUCUUUUCUACAAAUACUGAACCUCUCCCCUUAUCUAGCUGGCCUACACCCAAUCUCCCGCUCCUACCUCCUUGCCCUCCUAGCAGACCUUCACGCAUCUCGGUCCCUGCAUAUAAUGCUCGGGACGCGCGUGCAGGAAGAGCUUCCGGCCUGA